UCCCCUUUUCUAUCUCUCCCAUUUCCACCUCAUAAAAACCCUCCAAACUUUCAACUCUUUCUGCUUUCUCAACUGAAAAAAAUCACACACUCACAUUCCUCUCUCUCUCUCUAGAAUGGCAUCAACGGCAGCAGCACCAACCGCUUUCUCUCUCCUCCGCUCCACCACCACCUCCUCCACCACCACCGCCACAUCCUCCUCCCGCGUCCACCUCUCGUCCACCUUCGGCGUCCGCCCACUCAGGCGGCUGGGAUUCUCGGCGGCGGACCCGUUACUGGCGGUGAAUGUUGCAUCCAGAGUUGCGGCGGUGAGAGGGAAGGGAGUGAGAGCGGUGGCCGCGAUGGCGAAGAAGAGUGUCGGAGACUUGUCCGCGGCGGAGCUCAAGGGGAAGAAGGUGUUUGUCAGGGCGGACCUCAAUGUCCCUCUUGAUGACAACCAGAACAUCACCGAUGAUACCAGGAUCCGUGCUGCCAUACCCACCAUCAAGCACCUUAUUCAGAAUGGUGCUAAAGUUAUCCUUACCACCCACUUGGGACGGCCAAAGGGUGUCACUCCCAAAUACAGCUUGGCACCUCUUGUACCCCGGCUCUCCGAACUCAUUGGCAUCCAGGUUGUCAAGGCUGAUGACAGUAUUGGUCCAGAUGUAGAAAAGCUGGUGGCUUCUCUUCCAGAUGGAGGUGUUCUACUUUUAGAAAAUGUGAGGUUUUACCCUGAGGAAGAAAAGAAUGACCCUGAGCAUGCAAAAAAACUUGCCUCUCUAGCAGAUCUGUAUGUUAAUGAUGCCUUUGGUACUGCUCACAGAGCACAUGCAUCAACAGAGGGGGUCACUAAAUACUUGAAGCCAUCUGUUGCUGGUUUUCUUUUGCAAAAGGAACUUGACUACCUUGUUGGGGCAGUAUCAACCCCAAAAAGACCGUUUGCUGCCAUUGUGGGUGGUUCCAAAGUUUCAUCUAAAAUUGGAGUGAUUGAGUCACUUCUAGAAAAAGUUGACAUCCUUCUUCUUGGUGGAGGAAUGAUCUUCACAUUUUACAAGGCUCAAGGCCUCUCAGUGGGUUCAUCCCUUGUAGAAGAAGAUAAGUUGGAACUUGCUACAACACUAAUUGCAAAAGCCAAGGCAAAGGGAGUGUCGCUCUUGUUACCUAGCGAUGUGGUGAUUGCAGACAAAUUUGCUCCUGAUGCAAACAGCAAGAUCGUGCCAUCAUCUGCCAUCCCUGAUGGGUGGAUGGGAUUGGAUAUUGGUCCAGAUUCCAUUAAAUCAUUCAGUGAUGCAUUGGAUACUACCCAAACCAUCAUAUGGAAUGGACCCAUGGGAGUGUUUGAGUUUGACAAGUUUGCUGUUGGGACAGAGGCUAUUGCAAAGAAGUUGGCUGACCUUAGUGGAAAGGGGGUGACAACUAUUAUUGGAGGAGGAGAUUCAGUUGCAGCUGUGGAGAAAGUAGGAGUUGCUAGUGUCAUGAGCCACAUAUCUACUGGUGGUGGUGCAAGUUUGGAGUUAUUGGAAGGCAAAGAGCUUCCUGGUGUCCUCGCUCUCGAUGAAGCCGUACCAGUCGCCGUGUAAGACAAUUUUCUUCAGCUUGGAAGUUUAACCCACCUUGGGGUUCAAUGUUCUCACAACCUUGUAAAAGAGCUUAUGUUGUAGGACCCUUCCGAGUUUGUUAGUGUAAAUUUUAUCAUGCUUGAGUUAUUUGCUUCAUUCAUAAAUCACAUGUAACUGUAAACCCAGCUGAGAGCCAUAAAUUCAAAUAAAUCCAGUAGUUGCUACCUACCACAAA